AUGGCAGAAUCAAGAGACAACAAGGCCUAUAAGUAUCGGCAGGAGAUCAGUCAGAUGAUGUAUGUUUCUGGCGAAACUGCAGAACCUCCUGUCGAAACUACCAGUAUUAUCGAGGAUAUUGUGCGCCAACAAGUAAUUGAACUACUACGAAACUGCACCGAGCUCGCCUCGCGUCGCGGCUCAAAAUCCAUCAGCAUCAACGACCUCAUCUUUCAGAUCCGCCACGAUCAAGCAAAGGUGUCUCGCCUGCGGACGUUCUUGUCGUGGAAAGACGUGCGCAAGAACGUCAAGGACUCAGAUGAUAAGGGCGCCGAUGCCGACAUCGCAGGCGGCGAUGACCCCGUGGCAGCAGGUGAUAACACCACAGAUGAAGCAGCCAAGAAGAACAAAAAGGCUAAAGUCGGUCUGCCAUGGGAACCCUCAUCUUACUACAACGUUGAGGUGCCUGAGCGCGAAGACGAAGAAGAUGAGGAAGAGGAAGAGAUGAAUUACAUCACGUUGCAGCGCCUGCGCAAGGCCGACGAGCGCACAAAAGCCAUGACAAAGGAGGAGUACGUGACAUGGUCUGAGUACCGCCAGGCAUCAUUCACCUACCGCAAGGGCAAGCGAUUCCGCGAGUGGGCAGGUUUCGGCAUCGUCACCGACAGCAAACCCUCGGACGACAUCGUCGAUAUUCUCGGUUUUCUGACCUUUGAGAUGGUACAAACUCUGACCGAGAUGGCCCUCAAGGUCAAGGAGCAGGAGGAUCUGGUGCGUGCUCAGAAUGGCGGCGACAAUGUCGGCAAUGCAAAGAAGCGAAAGCACGAGGGUGCGCUAUUUGACUUUCCCAGUGAGGGCAAGACUCCAAUCGAGCCCCGGCAUGUUCAAGAAGGGUCAAGACGAUUGCAACAGCGGCCCAAGAAGUCAAGAGCUAUGCUCAAUGGUACUAGAAUCCCGCAGCACACGCCACUCAACAUCUUCUAA